AAAUCGCUGUCAUGACAACCAAAAAAAAUUGCGCUCUUCGAGAAUAACAACAAUUAUUAAAUAGUAAAAUGAGUAGCGAAAAAAAGGCAAUGGACUUACAAUUUCAGGUGCGUCAAAACGCACGUGAGUAUCAGAACUCGGUCAAAGAUCUGUACUCAUGGGAGAAGGAAAUAAAAAGCAAGGAGCUGGCAAUGCAAAAUGCUCCCGCUCCAAAAAUUCAGAAAAACAAUACACCCGUGCGCAGCCACGUCCAGAAAACGGAUGAGACAGUCAAGAAGCCAGCAUCAAGCACUGCCAAAGGUAGCUCAGUUGACUCCGCAGCGAGCACCCCGACUGAGAAAAAGGAUUUUCCUAUAGAUACACUGGCCCAGCAGCAUAAGAAGGCAAAUGACAUCAAGGAUCGCGGCAAUAGUUAUGUGAAAUUGACUGAAUAUGAGAAGGCCAUUGAAGCGUAUACCGAAGCUAUUGAAGUUUAUCCACAGGAUCCCAUUUACUUUAUCAAUAGAGCUUUGUGUUACUUGAAGCAAGAAAGCUAUGAUAACUGCAUUGAGGAUUGCAAUGCAGCCAUUGAGCUGGACAAGUUGUGCGUCAAGGCUUACUAUAGGCGCAUGCAAGCAAACGAAUCGCUGGGAAACAACAUGGAAGCCCUUAAAGAUUGCACCACUGUGCUGGCCAUAGACCCGAAGAAUUAUGAAGCCAAACGCAGCUUGGAACGCAUUAAUGAUCGUUUGCGAAAAAUAGCUACCAAAAAUGGUCCCAACUUCAGUCCAGAUCGAGAAGAUUUUGUGGAUAUCUUGCCAUUUGAGAAGCCUGCAUCCAGGCGCUCCAAACAACGCAUGCGCCGUGUCCCUGUUGUAGAUAUUGUAACACCCCGUCCUGGUCAGCAAGAGCAAAAGCAAUUGCGCAUCUCGGAUGAAGAAAUUGAUAAGAUAUUCAAUAGUAAUUGUGGACCCUUCGAAGAGGUGAAAAAGCCAGUCAACGAAAACUUAAAUGCUAAGAUUCAGGAAACUAAGCAACCAGCUAAUCAGUCAACUGUCAAGGAAGAUAGUUCACAAUCUACGAAAAAAGUCAUUGAAACUGUUCUUCCCGAUUUGGUACAGCCAGUACCUGAAUCAAAUCAAAGUAUCAAAAUUGUAGAGGAACUAGAUAACCUCAAUAAAACUCCGUUGCAGCCAAUAAGGAAAGAGAAUGAUAUCACACCUGUAGCCAAGCCAAUUGAAAUUGAAAAACCUAGCACAAGCAACACAACUAAGAUCGUUUCAGAGGACAAAACAGUUACAGCAAUGGAGCGCAUACCACCUGCUCCGUCAGGCACAGCCCAGUUUUAUAUGACUUGGAAGGAAUUGUCACCAAAUCAGAAAUAUCAAUAUUUGAAAUCGAUUGAAAUACCCAAUUUAUGUAGAGUACUUGGCGCUGGCUUUGACUCGGAUACGUUUACGGAUUUGUUGCGCACACUGAACGAUUUCUAUGUGCCCAACAAGGAGCCAACUACAGCAGCAGUAAUGCUGGAGAUAAGUAAAAAUGAUGAAUUCAGCAUUUUGUCCAUAUUUAUGUCGCCAGAGGACAAGAAUAUGGCCGCUUGUAUCUUGGAUGCAAUUUCAAAGUUUCCCAAAAACAAUCCAGGUCUUUUGGAAAAACUUGGCAAGCUUUACCAUGUAGCCUAAAAAUUGUUAUAAACAAUAAAUGUACUUGAAUCGCUUCAAAUUGUUAGCUCAAAAACUGGAAAUUAUUUAUUUAUAU